GUGCGUGGCCCAUUCGAGAUUCGGGUCUCGUGCUCUCACGAGGGCUUCGAUUCACCAGACGGAGCCUACGAGUCUAAGCCCCAACCGACCGUCGGUCGCAUCAAACUGCAAACCUCGAGUCUCGAUUCUCGUCGAUGUGAUCUACCUCGCCGCGGUCAACGGUGACGAAGCAGAGUCCGUCGAUCAGCAUGGUCACGAAGAGGUGCGAAGAGGUCGAGAGUGAGCGGCUACUGAAAUACGAGAGACUCGAACGGAACUGCGGGGCACGGCCGUCCUGAAUCUGUCGCCACGUCACCACGACGGCGACGUGGCCCGAGUGGGCCUUGGGAUGAACAAGUGGGACUGGGCGUUCACAAAAUGGGCAACCGCUGCUGCUGUACGCAUGUACGAGAGAGACGGUGCUUCAACUUGGCCAGUGUCGGUGGCCGUGGCUCCGCGUGUCGCUGGUGGUCACAACAGAAACGCCUCGCGGACGGUUCUCUUCGGUUAGACCUCGUGAACUGCCCGACAACAACGCAGAUAGUUCACAUACGAGUGAGAAUUAUAUGACAACCACUGCAGAACAUUCCAUACCGUUAUUGUACGUUCAUACUUUGGUGUACCUAUUUUCAGAUGCG